AUGACCCACCUCGCGCCAUCCACAAUUGAAACCAUAUCGAAAACACUCUCGCUAUACAAUACGCUCCCGCUAGCCAAAAUUUACAUUUUCUACAACAAGAAACCACGACUCCAGUACGUGGGCUCAUAUGCCGUAUCUAGCCACGAUGGUGACGAUAAUGAUAAUACAGAGGAGGAAGUUGAGCGAGUUGAGGCGAUGGUUCGCGAGCUUGAUCUCAGACAUGGUGAGAAGUUGAUUGAUUUCAGUUUUGAUGGCGACUCGUAUGUUGGCCAUUUGAAGGGCGAUUUUGUUUUUGUUUAUUUUUUGGUUGGUCUGACACCGAGGUAG